UUGGCGCGCCACCUCUUAGCCGGUCAGUCUGUGUCCUGUCGACAAUCCUCAAACAUUUUUCCAAGGAAGGAGUUCGGACUGUCAUCAUGCUACCGCUUUAUGGCUUUCUCGUGCUGAUUUAUCACACCUCGGCUGGCCUCACUGCGCCGGCGACCUACGAUCAACGUCAGACCGGCGAUCUGAACGUCCAGGUCCACCUGAAAGACGUGCAUGUCCUUGCACUGCUGGAUAAGGAGUUGCUUGACGAUUACACGGACUACGACUACUUUUAUGAUUACCCCGAUUUCACGGUAAAACCCAGUGAAGUACCGGUCAAACCUACGCCGGCUUCGGAGACAAGUUCACCGUCUUCGGACACCACAGUCGAGCCUGACACUGUGGAAUUGGCCGAUUCUGAUCAGAAUUCUACGUCAUCCUUGUCCAGUGUAUCUCCGGUUUUGAACUCCACUGAAAGUACGUCAGCAAUGGGCAGUGAAAAGUCUAACGAGUCGACAACGGAGAAAACAGGCGACAAUAUCAGCGAGAACGUGAAAACUAGGAACAUGCUUCCAUACUACAACAGUGGAGGGCAACACUCGGAACUAUCUUCCCAAGGAAACUCGGCUAAACUGAUGCGAAAGAGGUGCAGAUCUGGGUAUUCACCCGAUGGUAAAGGUCGUUGCCGUCGGUCGAGUCAACGACGAUUGUCUCUCAUACCAAUAGCGAUGAAGCUCGGUCCAAAAUUUCUGAACGAUCUGACGCGCAAUACGAAGAAUCAGCCGUAAUAGGAAGUCCGUCGGGUGCAACCGAACUAAAACGUGUUACGAAUACUCGAUAAGAACCGUAACGGAGACCUGCGCAAUUUCACAAGAUGUAUUUCUGUUCUCUGUCGUUUUGCGUUCAGUUAUAUGCGAGUUCAACGUUCCCAUGCCUUUAUUCACGCCGCAUUUUCAUUCGCCCGUAGUCCUUAUAGUUUUGUAUAGUUUCAUAUAGUUUUAUACAAUUUUAUAGUUUUAUAUAGUUUUACAUAUUUUUAUCCAGUUUUAUCCAGUUUUGUAUAGUUUUACAUAGUUUUUUAUAGUUUUAUAUAAUAUUACACCUGUUUAUAUAGUUUUAAUAGUUUUAAUAGCUUUACAUAGUUUUAUAUAGUUUUAUAUAGUUUUAUAUAGUUUUAUAUAGUUUUAUAUAGUUUUAUAUAGUUUUACACAAUCUGUCCAGACCCUGGUGCGACAGAGCCUUUAAAUUUUUUUUCUGUAACACCAUCUCGUAAUGAAUAAAUGCAUUGUGAAGUUUGACAUGUCAACAAAGUCCACGUACAACUUCAAUUUGCUAGCACCUCUACUUCAUUUGUUAUUGAGGUUACAUUUGACAAUGCUUCGUAGCGCACGUUGAAAAAACUACAUGUAUGCAGCAGAGGGCAAACAUUAAUUUUCGCUUUAAGUUAUGCAAAACAGCAAGCAAAAUGUACGAAAUGAUGAAAGGCGUGUACGGUAGUGAUUGCAUAGAUCGUGCCAACAUUUUUAGAUGGUUAUAAAGUGCGCAUUCAGAAGAGCCGCAUCAAGACAUUGCUCAUCGUUUUCUUCAAUUCGCAAGGAAUUAUCCACAAGGGAUUUAUACCUGAAGGAUAAACAGCAAAUGCAGAAUAUUAUGCCGAUGUUCUAAAUCGCUCAUGGAACAGGAUUCGUUGAGUUCGGUUUCAAUACCAAAAGCAACAGACUUGGUUCCAAUUGCGCGAUAAUGCACCAGCGCACAAAUCCGAGAUUUAAUAGAUUUUUAUUAGUUUAAUAUAUUAAGCUGUUGUCCUAAGUAAUUUAAUUGUUUUAAAUAAUUCAGAUUCUUCUUGUUGUUGUUUCAUAAAUUCUGCAUGUUCUACAGAAUCUAUUGAAUGUACAAUUUCAAUACCACAAGUACGUACUAUACCAACAAGCAUUUGACAAAUUUGUUGUAAAGUCAUUAAUGCUAAGGAUGGAUCAGUUCCUUGUUCCCACCAACAAAUUGAUACCAUUGAAUAUUUUAUAUGAUUA